CUAUACUUAGGUCCUUGAGCACAGAGCGCUGCACUACACAGUGACGUAUUCUCUUCAUAGCUCUGUUGUUUCGGUUACAUCUUCAAUUUAAUAUAUAUUUUUUUGGGGGGGAAGACUACACCUGCUACUACCAGAAUGCUAGGCUUCGUUGGCAAGCAACUAAGACAGCACCCGGCCUUGAUCCCACUCUUCAUUUUCAUUGGUGGAGGGGCAACAAUGUCUGUGAUGUACUUGGCCCGUUUGGCUCUGCGCAACCCUGAUGUCUCAUGGGAUCGCAAGAACAACCCAGAACCGUGGAACAAACUGGGCCAUAAUGACCAGUACAAGUUUUUUACAGUGAACAUGGACUACAGCAAGCUGAAGAAGGACAGACCAGACUUCUAAGCUGCCUGUAGCCAUCAUCAACAGCCAUGGUGUCCAGGAAUCCCCAAAGAAUAAGAAUGCAACUUAAACAGGAAAUAUAUUACUUGAAUUUCUCUGAUGAAUUUGCAAAAUACUACGUCUUUCUCAUUUUAAUUAUAUGGGUUAAUUGUAUAUGGUAUACAUAAUAAUAAAGGAGAACGACACAUACACAGAAAAAAAAUGAA